AUGGCGCCCUUUUCCAAACCAGAGACCGUGCUUAAGCAGGCGGAGGGCCUCAUCUCCGUCGGACAGAGCCACGCUGCGCUGCAGUCAAUGACCGAGAUGUUCUCUUCAAAACGAUUUAGAUCGACCCCGCUCACCUCUCUCGAGCCCAUUAUGCAUCGUUUCAUCGAGCUUUGUGUCGACAUGCGCAAGGGCCGCACAGCCAAGGAGGGACUCAUGCAGUACAAAAACAUCGCACAAAACACAAGCGUGCAGAGUAUCGAGACCGUUAUCACCCGAUUUGUGCAACUCGCGGACCAGAAGGUGCGCGAGGCGCAGGAAAAGGCGGCUGUCAAAUCGGCCGUCGACAUUGAUGAUUUGGAGGCGAGCGAAACACCGGAGAGUAUCCUUCUCGGUGCUGUCAGCGGUGAUCAGAACAAGGACCGCACUGAUCGUGCCCUUGUCACCCCCUGGCUCAAGUUCCUUUGGGAAAGUUAUAGGACUUCAUUGGAGACACUCAAAAACAAUAUGAGACUUGAGGCUAUUUACCAGCAAAUUGCCCAACAAGCCUUCAAAUUCUGCCUGAAACAUCAGCGCAAAGUCGAAUUCCGCCGUCUCUGCGAGACUCUCCGCCUCCAUCUUUCCAACGUUGCCAAAUACUCGCAUCAGCAAUAUUCCAUCAACCUUUCCGAUCCAGAAACCCUCCAACACCAUCUCGAUACACGCUUCGCACAACUCAACACCUCUGUCGAGCUCGAGCUCUGGCAAGAAGCCUUCCGAUCGGUCGAAGAUGUCCACAACCUCCUCACGAUGGCCAAGAAGGCGCCACGCCCCGCCAUGAUGGCCAACUACUACGAAAAACUGACAAAGAUCUUCCUCAUGAGUGGCAACGCCCUCUAUCACGCCGCUGCGUGGAGCCGGUACUACGCCGUCGUAAGCUCAAUCGGCGGGGUGUCAAAUGAGGAAAUGGGCAGGUUGGCCGCCCAGGUCCUCGUCAGCGCCCUUGCUGUUCCUGUCGGCCUGCACACUGAGGAGCCAGACGAACUCAAGGGUAAAAAUGCACGCCUCACGGCGCUGCUUGGCCUCAGCCGCAUGCCCACACGCUCUGGAUUGCUCAAGGACGCUCUUGCCCGUGACAUCCUCAAGCUCUCCCCUGUGUCGGUUAAAAAAUUGUACAACAUCCUUGAAGUGACGUUUGACCCACUGACCCUCUGCGCUACCAUUGCACCACUGCUGCAGACAUUGGCUGGCGAUGAAGCGUUCUCGUUGUACCUCCCUCUCCUCCAGCGUGCCCUGCUCUCGCGCCUUCUUUCUCAGCUCUCGCAGGUGUAUUCCACCAUCAAAAUCAGCAACCUGCUGUCUCUCGUUGCACCACUCAAAGAUGCCGGGCUUGAGGGCUCGUUCGACGACGAGCAGGUUGAGGCCUACAUUAUGGGCUGCGCACGCCGCGGUGAGCUCAGUGUCCGUAUCGACCACAAAGAUGGCAGCAUCACAUUCGUCGAUGACCCCUUCGUCACCAGCGAUGACCAGCCCACGGCGUCUACCUCGACUGCGUCGACAUCCACGAGGGAAAGCGCGAUCCAGCCUUCGACGGCUGAGCUCGUGCGCACGCGUUUGAGCAAGGUCGCGCUGUGCUUGCACAACACGCUUGAGGCGAUUGAGGAGAAGCCCCCUGCUCCGACUGCGGAGGAACAGGCUGCACGGUUCCGCACGCUUGUUGCUGCUGUUGAGUCGGAGCGCAAAGCUUUGCAGCUGCGCCGUGCGCUUGUUGCACGUCGUCGUGAGCUCCUUAGCGAACUUAGUGUACGCAAGGAGAAGGAGGAAAGCAGCCGACGGGCGGAAUCGUCCAGGAGGGAGAAGGAAGAGGAGACGAGAAGGGCCAAGGAGGACUUGCGGAGGAGGGAACAGGAACGCACAAAGAAGGAGAUUGAAUCGAUUAGGAUUGAUGAAGCCAAGAAGUACGCGCAGAGUCUCGUAGAUAAGGGUAUCUUGAAGGCGAAUGAGGUUGAUAAAUUGGAGUCGUUCGAUACAGAGGGAUUGAUUACUAUCCAAGUCGCACAGCUCGAAAAGGAGAAGAAGGAGCUCCAAGAGCGCCUGCGUAUCACUAGCAAACGCAUCGACCACAUCGAACGUGCCUACCGAAAGGAAGAGCGCUCCUUACUCGCUCAGGACUAUGAACAACAGCAAAAGACGGACAAAGAGACAUUCGAGAAUAUCCAGAAAUCGCGCCUCGAGGCUGCAUACCGCGCGCACCAGGAAGACCUGCAGACCAAAGCGCGGCUGAGCCGCAUGUUGGGUGACUAUAAAGAGCGCAGGCAAGUGGUGAUCGAGAAGAAGGGAGAGGAAUUCAAGCGCAAGCUCGAAGCGGCGCAGAGGAAGAUCGCGGAGGAGAAGGAGAAGAGGAGGAAGCAGGUCAUGAAGGCCCGCGAGGAGGAGGCGAAGAGGCAGGCGGCUCUCGAGGAGGCGCGUGCCAAGAAGGAGGCCGAGGAGGCCAGGCUAGCAGCCGAACGCGCUGCCGAGGAGGAACGUUUACGACUCGAAGCCGAGGCUGCUGCUGCCCGUGCGGAAGAAGAGAAGCGCAAAUUGGAGGCCGAGGCCGCUGCCCGACGCGAGGCACGCGAAAAAGAGCGCCAGGAAGCCAGAGAAAAAGCCCUGCUCCAGCAACGCAGAGAAGAAGAGGCUCUUGCACGCCGUGCCGCCCAGAAAGCGGCACCCGCGCCUUCCGCCGUCCCUGCAUCCGUGCGCGCAGGCGCUAAAGACGAGCCGGGUGUGUGGAGACGCUCGUCGGCAACGCCUACAAGCUCGGUGCCCGCUACGCCUGUGCGUUCGUCGGCAGAUGCGCCUGCGCCACCGUCGCGCUCUGAAAGCCCCGCGCCGGGUGCUGCGCCAGCCAAGUACAGGCCUGGUGCCCUUGGAGGAGGAGGAUGGAGGCAGAGGGAGCAGGAGAAAGCUGCUGGAGGAGGUCCAACGCCUCCUGCUGCUGCUGCUGCUGCUGCGCCCCUUGCGAAGGAGGAGCCAAAGAAGGAUGAAGAUGGAUUCCAGACAGUUUCGAGUACUCGCGGUGGAGGAGUCUGGCGCCCUCGUAGAGGUCGCGCUUAG